UAGCUUUUAGUAACGAGUGCAUUUCUUGAUUACUGUUAAUGUUCCCUUUUAUGUAUUAUGGACUGUCGCAUAGGCGGCAUUCUUUUUUCAUCAAACUUCGACUCGGGAAAUCUAGCUCGUGUCGAGAAAGUCCUACGUGACCCAGAUGAACCUCUAUCAUUAUCAAUUCAAUCUAAUUCAAAACAACAACAGCAACUAGUACAGAAAACCACUAAUAAAGUUAACAGUAAUAUUUUUGGAAAUUUCGCAAUAGCAGACGUUCGAGCUGAUUACGAGUUCAGGAUGUGGAUCAAACCGGACUGCGCUGGCACUGCAUAUGCGAAUGGGAAUCGAACAUGGUUUUAUUUUUCUAUGCGCGGGUACAGUCCUGGGAAGAUUAUGCGGGCUACUAUAAUGAAUAUGAAUAAACAAUCAAAAAUUUAUAGUCAAGGCUUUUCCCCGAUUUAUCGCGUCUGCAGUCCAUCAGCAGCUCACUCUAGAUGGCAACGUAUACGUGAUAAGCCUUUUUGGGAACUAGUCAAUGGACAAUUUCUUUUAACAUUUAUACAUCGAUUCCAGGAUCCACGUGGGAGUAUUACGUAUUUUGCGUUUUGUUAUCCAUGGACAUAUAAUGAAAUGCAAACACAAUUAAAUAAAUUAGAUAGCAUAUUUCAUUACAAUAAAAAUGAAAACGUUAACGUCAAUAAUAAAAAUUUAUGCAAUAAAUAUAAUACGAUGAAGUUGAGUCAAAUAAACAAUAAUGAUAAGUCUGAAGAUACUUGCAAAACUUCACCAGAAUUAUUGACAUCAUUGAAUAUGAAUAAAACAAAAAUGAAUAAUGGUACCGUUGAUAUUACUCUGACUUCAUUUGCUCUACCUUCCUCCCUUUCCUCCUCCUCCUCCUCAUCAUCAUCAUCAUCACUAUCAUCAUCACCUUCUUCCUCAUCAUAUGAUCCAAAAUGUUUCCCAGAAAAUGAUUUAUUUGAUAAGAUUUAUUUUCAUAGAGAAUUACUUUGUUAUAGUUUAGAAGGAAGAAGAAUCGAAUUAUUGACAAUCACUGAUUGGUCUGGAUGUACUUUUGUUGAAGAGGAUCGCUUUGAUCCAUUAUUAUUUCCUGAUUUAGAUAAAUCUAGACCAUGGAAAUUUACAAAUAAAAAGGUUGUUUUUGUUAGUGCUCGUGUACAUCCCGGUGAAACACCAUCAAGUCAUGUAUUUAAUGGAUUAUUGGAAUUUUUACUACGUAUAAAUGAUCAUCGUGCAUGUGAAUUACGUAAACAUUAUAUAUUUAAAUUAAUACCAAUGUUAAAUCCAGAUGGUGUAUUUCAUGGUCACUAUAGAACAGAUACUCGUGGUGUCAAUUUAAAUCGUGUUUAUUUAAAACCUGAUUUUCUAUACUAUCCAUCAAUUUAUGCAACUAAAGCUUUAAUUAUUUAUUAUCAUACAAACUAUGGAACAUUAAAAUCAUAUGCACCAUUUUUAGAUGAUAUUUUUAAGCAAAAAUUAUAUACUACUACUACUAACCAUUUUAAAACAAACUCUGAAAAUAUUACUAUCAAAAAUACAAAUAAUCAACCUCGUAUUAUUGAUAAAUUAUCACUUAACCAAACAAUUUUUCCAUGUGAAGGUGUAAAACAGACAAAAGAGAAAAUCUUAUCUGAUUGUGAAACAAAAGAAGUAAAGUCAAUUAAGCAAUUAACUUCAGAAAAUCGUUCGAUAAAAGAAUAUUGUACAACCAUUAAACAAGAUGAAGAAAAAGAAAAAUCACAUUUAAACUUUAUGAAUGAUCAUCUGUCAACUACGUUUGAGCAACAAAUGGAUAAUCAAAAUAUCUUCUUGACAAAAUUAUUUGAUACUGGAUUAUCAUCAUCAAUAACAUCAAACUCACUGUCAAAAGCAGAUAGUCUUGCAGAAAAAAAUUUAUCUUCUAAGUAUUUAUCACCUAUUGAACGUAUGUUUACUAGUUCCAGUUCAACAAAAAAUGAUGAAGAUACAUCGAUUGUUCAUCGGGUCAACUUUCCUAUUGCUGACACUGAUAAGAAUUCAAUCACUAAUCAAUGCGAUACAGAUUUAAGAAGUACUUCAAAUUAUUUUCAUACUAUUACUGAAACGAAUAAUUCACCACAGAAAACAUUAUCACGAUUAAACUAUUCAACGUCAAUUUCAACACCAUCUCAUAACACUGAAUUAAAUAAAAAAGUUUAUAAAAAUGUAAAACCUUUAAAACUAACUAGACUUCCAGUAACAUGUAAUACAGAACUUGAUUCUCAAAAAUCUCUUGAAGAUUAUCAUGCAGCAUCCCGAACUCAAUAUGCAAUAUCAAAAACAAGUAAUUUAGUACCAUUAGUUACAAAACUUACUACAUCAACACUAAAUUCCAAUGUUGCAAAACAUUCAAGUUUAGAUGAUGGAAUAUCUAAGAGAUUAAGUAACCAAUAUAGACAUAGAACAGUUGAACAAAAAACACUAAAUCAAUCAAAUUACAUUUCAUAUUUUGAUAAAAAUAAACGCCGUUCAACAUUAAAAGUUGAUUAUCUUCCUUAUUUUUUAAUGAAAUGGAAUAGACCAUAUGAAAAACCCAUAACAACCAAAUAUUUUACAAAAUUAACUUUAGAAAAUUUAAACAUUGUUAAUACACAAAUAAAUUUAAAUAAUAAAAAUGAAAGAAAUGCUAAACAACAACAAUUGGAAUCAAUCAACACUAUGUAUUCAUCUAAUAAAUUUAAAUCUUAUUUAAAACAUGAAAAAAUAAAAAAACGAAAAAUUAAUUUUAUAAAUGAAAAUACUUCAAUAUUGAAUGCAAAACAGACUACUUAUAAUAAUAAUAAUAAUAAUAAUAAUAAUAAUAAUAAUAAUAAUGAUAUAAUGACUACACUUAUCCCAUUAGAAGAUACUAUAGAAUAUGAUUACAAUUACAAGAUUAAUACAAAUAAAUUAAUUGAAAAAGACAGUAUGAUAAUAAAGUCAACAAAUCAUAUAGUAAAUAAUAAUAGUAAUCAAAUGGAGAAUAUUUCUAAUGAAGAAAUUAAACAAUUAAUCAAUGAAGAAUUUUACAGUUACGAUACAUCUCAUUCUAUUUUAGGCAAUGAAGGAUCAGAUUCAGAUGGAGAUAAUUACAAUGAUAUAGAAAGAACCAUUAUUGAUGAAGAUUUAUCAAUCAAUCCAUAUUAUGUAUCAAUCUUAGAAUCUAUUGAACUAUUAGUUAAAAAAGAAAAGAAUCAAACAAUCGAUUCAAAUGAAAUUAUUAAUUCAAUAAAUAUCAUAAAUAAUCAUUUAAAUAUAAAUGAAUUAAAUAGAAUUCAAUUAUUAAAAGAACAAUUACAACAACUUAGAAAAGCUGAUCAUUUAUCGGAUAUUGAUUAUUUAUAUUUAAAUCAAAAUGAUGAUAAUUCUGUUGUAUUUUAUUUUGAUUUACAUGGACAUUGUACAAAACGUGGUUGUUUUCUUUAUGGAAAUUGGUUAGAAAAUGAAAAUAAAAUGGUAGAUAAUGUUUUAUAUGCUUUAUUGGUUGGAGUAAAUUCAAUCUACUUUGAUUUCGAUUCAUGUAACUUUAGUUUACGUAAUAUGUAUCAAAAAGAUCGUAAAGGAACUUCAACUAAAGAAGGUGCCGGUCGUGUUGCAUUAUGGAAACAUUUAGGACUAACACAUUGCUAUACAGUUGAAUGUAACUACAAUUCAGGUCCAUUACCAGGUCGUCUUUCAAGAUUUAUUGCUUCAGCGCAUCCUAAUGACAGUAAAUGUUUCACACCAAUAGGUGUAUUUUACGGUCCUCAUUGGUCUGAUAUGGUGAAUACAGCUAGUAGUCAAUCAUUUAACUUUAGUUUUAAUGCAUCCUCAAGUACAAGUCAUACUAGUCAUAGUGGAAAUCAAGCACUUAAUGGUAUACCACGUUAUACUCCAGCUCAUUAUGAAGACGUUGGUCGAGCAUUAAUGAUAACUAUAUUAGAUUUUAAUCAGAUCAAUCCAUGGCCAAAAAUUGCAAGUCUUGGUGGUUCAACAGCUGAGUCUAACGUUGGUAUUCCUACUUUGUGGUCAUCGCUACCAGAAUUUCUAAAUAUUAACACUUUGAGAGAAUGGGUACGGAAGUAUAUACGAGGGAUUGCACCGAACAACGUAAUGAAUAAACAACUGAUAACCCGAAACACAGAAUAUCUUAUAUCAAAAGUUGAUGAUAUAAACGAAUCACAAAUGGUUCAUAGAUCAUUAACGACUAACGAAAGUUCAAAAGAGUUAUUAAAUACUUCUUCUGUAUGUUCUGAGUUUACUCAAACUUCACUUGAUCAAAACGCAACGAACCUACUUACAGUACAAUCAGAUUAUAAAAAUCGUUCACACCAACUAAAUCCAAUUACCCAUAAUUUUAAAUGGAAUAAACAUCAAAAUGAGCAACCUCAUUAUGAAUCAGUGGAUUUAUCUAGUUUGAAUUCCGCUCCAUAUUCAUGUAUGUCAUCAACAUCAAACAGUAAUAAAACGGUAAUAGAUGAAAGUCAUCAAGAAAAUCAGAUCCCAUCAAAUUCGCAUUAUGAUUAUUUAGGGAUGAAUAGCGAUACAACUAGUAAAACAAUAGAUCAAAACAUUGAAAAUGAUAAAAAUCUGUUAAAGGAUAAUACUAGUAAUGAUAUAAAUGAUCAAUUAACUUGUCGUAAGAUUGAAAAUGAUAAAUUAUUGAAAAUUAUACCUGAAAAUCAUGAUAUAAUUAAUAAAAAUUGUAUAACAAAUAAAAAUAAAAUUCAUUUCUCACUUAAUGAUAAAUAUUUAUUGAAUAAAACAAUAAAUCAAGAAUUAAUUAAAACAACAGAAUAUAAUUCAUUAUUAUUAUUAACAAAAAAUAAAAAAUCUUUAUAUAAUAAUAAUAAUAAUCAAUCAUCAUCUAAUAUGAUCCUAAUUUCAUUGAAUAAAAUCAAUAAAUUUAAUCAUAAUAAUAAAUAUAAAUUAAUAGAUAAAAAUAAUAAAUCAAUUUUAAUAAAAAAUAAAUAUUUUAAAAAGUAUUCAAAUGAAAAAACUAAACACGUCAAUUCGAAGAAAUUUGGUCUAAAUGAACCACGACAAGGAUCUACAAAACAUUCUAAUCCUUCUUCAAAUAUGAAUAGCUCGAAUGUUAUUAAUACCAAGAACAAAUCAUUUUCAGCAAAAUGUCAACGACUUCAAAAGUCAAAAAAUGAUAAAGUAUUUAGUGGUAUUGUCAACAACACAGUCUGUCAUCAAAGAUCGCGCUCAUCUAGAUUGAAAUCAAUAAAAACACCCCAUUAUGAAAAUAAAUUACUAACUAAAGAUCAUGCUUGGAAAAGACAACAAUCAAACAUAACCUGCAUAAAUAAUGGUAAUGAAGCAAGCUGUCAUGUUUUAUCUGGUGGUAGUGAUUUAAAUGCUACCACCAAGAAUAAAGAAAAUAUUCUCAUUCCCUUGGUGAACCGAUCAAAUUCAUGGACAGAUUUAAGGAUGACCUUAAAAUCUGAAGAUUGUAUUAAAGAAAUUAAAGAAAUGUUUAAAUCAGUAACAUUGGACUGAUGGUAAGGAUUUUGCUGUUGUUCUCCUAACCAUUUAGGAAAUCCUUAACACACAAACUAAUUUAUGCAUUCGUUGUACGUUUCUUGUAUCUUUAAAACAUUCAAAAACAGAUUUAGUUGCCUUUCUAUAAUAUAAAGAAAUUAGUAGCGAAAAAUAGACAGCUUUCGUGUCAACUUCUCACAUGUAUAUAGUCUUCACAAUGUAUUUGACAGUAAUCUCUUUUUUAUUUUUAUUUUUUCAACUUGUUUUUCCUCUUUUUCUUUUCAUAUUUCUAUGCUACUGUGGUCAACAACAAACAUAAAAAUCAACCACAUUUCAUUAGAGCUUUUAUUGAAUUGGUUUUGUUUUUCCAGUAUGCUUAUAUGGUGUAUGGAUAAAAAUGAAUAAUGUUCAUAGUAGAUUA